AUGGAUAUCAACGACAAAAAGAAGACGCUCGACAUUGUUUGGCACGACGUCUAUGAUCUCGACGUCAAAUCCGGAGAAUACAAGGCCAUCAAAGGAAAAGAAUACCGCGGAAUCAACGCAAAGACAACCGGCAAAGCCUUCAAGCAGGAAGCAAACCUUGCAAGCGACAAUGUCAUCCGUACGGGCAUCUCCGGAAACGACAGCACCGUCACCUUCGAAGGGAUUGAAGCAACAGGAAAGCCGCAAUGGGUCUCCUUCUACCCCCUCCACCGUUCGAAUUAUAGACCGUCGUUGACAUCCGUCUCGAUAUAUUAUAAACGAAAUCGGCCUUUGCGAAUUAUAGAAUCAUAA